CAGUUAGUUGAAUGAUUAACAUUGAUUAUACAACAAUCAAGUGAAAAUAAACUGAAUUAAAAAAAAUGAAGCUAUCGAUAAGUUUAAUUGUUGUCAUCACCUUUUCAACAGUUUAUGGAGCUACAAUUAAGAAGGAGGAAUUUGUUGAUUUAUGUCAAGCUGCAGGUAAAUUGUUGGUCUAUGGAUUAUCUCCAGCCUCUGUUCAACAAGUUCUUAAACAGAGAUCGGAAUUAUCGAUUCUACAAAGAUCAGAGGAACAACUUGAUUCGUCAAAUGAACUUUAUGAUGAAUUCGCUUCUAAAUUUGUCGAAUCGAUAACUAACCUUUUCGUUGACGCAAUUGUACAAAUGAACAAUGAUCAACGAAUAUUUCGAGAGUCAUCUACUCUUUCUCCAGCAAGAUCUCAAGAGGUUGAGAAUUUGAAAAUCUCUUCCGUUUCCGCUUUCUGUAAGCAGCUUCCGCUUCCAGAUUCAAUCGAUACGACAAAUCCAAUUACCACAUUAACUGCAAUAGUUAAUUAUGUAAACAAUUUACAGCCACUAGUCUCAUCGAUGAAAAUUUAAUUCGGUAAACCCAAAGUUUGAAUUCAAUCCAGAAUUUGGUCAACAAGAAGCCGAUUAAUUGUAAAUUAAAUAAAAUCAAUUAACCUUCAACAACAACAACAACAAUUAAACCCUAACUAAAUCAUAACUUUUAUUCAUUAUUAUUAUUGAUUAUUAGCUAAGAAUCACAGUACAAUUAAAAAACAUUAAUUGAACACAA